CAACAGGGGACGCUGUGGAAAAUGAUAUACCCAAGAUGUCCAUCAUCUGACGGACACUCAGCUGGCCCUCCACUAGUUUUUGACAACAACGACUCUGUCGACAAUGUUCACAUCUUGAUUUUGGGCCCAAAAACAGCCAUAACUUAGAAUUACUCUUCUGCCUUUUUAUUCUUUGAAGCUAUACAUCAUGGAGCCGUCUGCGCCCAAAAGCAAAUUGAAAAAGCUGAGUGAGGACAGUUUGACCAAACAACCAGAGGAAGUGUUCGAUGUUCUAGAGAAACUCGGUGAAGGUUCCUAUGGCAGCGUGUUCAAAGCCAUCCAUAAGGAGUCAGGCCAGGUGGUGGCUAUUAAGCAGGUUCCUGUGGAGUCUGAUCUACAGGAGAUAAUCAAGGAGAUUUCCAUCAUGCAACAGUGUGACAGCCCUUAUGUAGUGAAAUACUAUGGCAGCUACUUCAAGAACACAGACCUGUGGAUUGUCAUGGAGUACUGUGGAGCUGGCUCUGUCUCUGACAUCAUCAGACUGCGCAACAAGACAUUGACAGAGGAGGAGAUUGCCACUAUCCUGAAGUCGACAUUGAAGGGUCUUGAAUACCUUCACUUCAUGAGGAAGAUCCAUCGGGACAUUAAGGCAGGAAACAUCCUCCUCAACACAGAGGGACACGCCAAACUUGCAGACUUUGGAGUUGCUGGACAACUAACGGACACCAUGGCAAAAAGAAACACCGUGAUUGGUACUCCAUUCUGGAUGGCCCCAGAGGUGAUCCAGGAGAUUGGCUACAACUGUGUGGCUGACAUCUGGUCGCUGGGCAUCACAUCCAUCGAGAUGGCAGAGGGCAAACCUCCCUAUGCUGAUAUCCAUCCCAUGAGAGCUAUCUUCAUGAUCCCCACCAACCCUCCUCCAACAUUCAGGAAGCCGGAGCUUUGGUCAGAUGAGUUCACAGACUUUGUCAAGAAGUGUCUGGUUAAGAAUCCAGAGCAGAGAGCAACUGCCACACAGCUCCUACAGCACCCAUUUAUCAGCCAGGCCAAGCCAGUCACAAUCCUGAGAGACCUGAUAACUGAGGCCAUGGAGAUGAAGGCCAAGAGGCAGCAGGAGCAGCAGAGAGAGCUGGAGGAGGAGGAUGACAACUCUGAGGAGGAGACAGAGGUGGACUCCCACACAAUGGUGAAGUCUGGCUCAGAGGGUGCAGGAACCAUGCGGGCCACCAGCACCAUGAGUGAUGGGGCACAGACCAUGAUUGAGCAUGGCAGCACCAUGCUUGAGUCAGACCUGGGCACUAUGGUAAUCAACAGCGAUGAUGAUGAAGAGGAAGAGGAAGACCAGCGGUCCAUGAGGAGGCAUGCUACCCCACAGCAGCCGAUUCGACCGUCCUUCAUGGACUAUUUUGACAAGCAGGACUCGAACAAGGCAGCCCAGCAGCAGGAGAACUACAACCACAACCAGCCCCAGGAGCAGCCAGGCUACCACAUCCAGUCCAAGAACGUCUUCCCUGACAACUGGAAGGUGCCUCAGGAUGGAGACUUUGACUUUCUGAAGAACCUAGACUUUGAAGAGCUGCAGAUGCGCCUCAGUGCUUUGGAUCCCAUGAUGGAGCGGGAGAUUGAGGAGCUCAGGCAGCGAUAUACCGCCAAAAGGCAGCCCAUCCUGGAUGCCAUGGAUGCCAAGAAGAGACGACAACAGAACUUCUGAGUGAUCCUCACUGUUGCCGUCUCCCUCAGGUGUCGGUUUCCCAAAGUCGCCAUAAACUCUAUUCCAUUAACUCAGAGGAACAAAGAUGACCUUAUUGUCUUUGUUGGAAGCCCGCUGCUGUUCUGACCGACUGCUACCUGGCCUAUAAUUUAAGUUAGAUGCUUCUUUUACUGGAAGAUGUCCAUUUUGGCUCCUGGAAUCUACACUCAUCUGCCUUGUGUCAACAUUAUGUCAAGAUGCUGUUCCACCAUUCCACCAUGCUUUCCCAUAAAUGAUGUUUUGGGCUGCAUUCAAAGGUUCGUAAUUGUACAUCUGAAAGUCAAAAAAUUCACUUCUCCUUUUCCAAAUGCAGAAAACCCUUGGGGAGUCACCACCAUCAUGUAAAGAAGCUUAUGCUCUGGCAGUAGCAGCAGUAUAAUCACCAGGUCAAUGAUAAGUGGUCUUUGUUUCCUCAGACUUUCUAUUUUCAGUGUAAAUAUAAUGUAGAGCCAAGUUUGGAAAAACCUGCAACAAAAAGCUGUGGAGGCUUUUUCCUUGACCAAAGACAAUCAAGGUGGGGUGGAUUAAGUUGAGAAUGCCUUAAAACAUUUGAAAACUGGUUUUCAAAAUAAGCAAUGUAAUAAAACAAGUCAUCGGAUGAUUAAAUCAUUUUUGUCCCCUGGAGAUGACUUGGAAGUGAACUGUGGAAAGCUGCAAGGACGGACAGAAGUGAAAUGUAAUUAUGUGGAUGUGAAAAGUUUGUGCAUGUUUUCAGUCGUCGGGGGGAAAUCUGAGAAUUCGAAACAGUAGUCUUAAUCAUUUAUUUAAUGUUGUUUUCAAGUAUGAUUUUCUGGACUUCUUUAAACAUCCAGUGUGUACACUCCCUAUUGACAGACUCCAGUGUAUCCUUGUGCCUCAUAACACAUCUGUCCCAGCUCUUCUUCAGUUUCUGAGCACACACUUACCCGACACUCGUUGUUAAAUCAGAGCAUUUCCUUGUCAAACUGAUCCAGCAUAGUCAAAACCAGAGAAUGCACCAAGUAUUCCAAGUGUUAAAAAAAUAAAAUCUGUGAUCUUCAUACAAGCAGGAACCUUCCCAAAUACUGUAUGAUUUUUUUUUAUGUCCAUGGAGUCUUUAAAACUCUGUAGAUUUAAUUUAAGAUUGUUGUUUUGUGUAAUUCCCAAUUUUGAUUGGUUAACUCCAUAUUACAAUAUGUCUUUGAAACAUUUAGAUCAGAGCCAUCUUAUAUGUUAAACAGUGAACACAGUUCAUCACUUAGUGAACAACACCAAAUCAGACCAAAAAAAAAAAAAAAAACUUUUGUAACUUUAGACCAAGAAAGAAAAACACAUCAGGAUGAGAUGAAAGACUUAACGACUAAUACUGUAUAUAUAACUGUGGCCUCAGUCACUCAUCUAAUAUCUGAAAUUCAGACUAAUUUUUAAAAUCGCAUUAAGAUUUUGUCAGCACAUUUUCCUGCAGUUUUUUUUUAUCUGUUUCAGCAAUUGUGUGUGAAAGUCUGCUGCUUUUUGACAUUUUUCUGACAUGUGCUGUAGGUGUGAUGUUAUUAAUGAAGGACUGAAGAUCUACUGUCAAUUCAUGCUGUUUCUUUGGGACAGAAGUUCAGCCCCAAAGCUGUAUUUAGGCUUGUCUUGUUACCAUCAUUUCAGGAACAUUACAUAAAAACAUUAAUAUUGGUUGUUAUUAGAUUCCCAGUUGUCAAAAUUGAUAGCAUUGUUGGCUUCAAAAAUCCAGUGUUUGUUUCACAGUUUUGAAUGUUUAAUUGAAAACUCUUGCAAACAUGCCAAUGACAAAUUUGGUCUCCGCAUGAAGGAAACAAACUGCUCUGUUGUGGAUGCAGUUUAGUUUUUCCGUGACGUGUUGUAAUGACCCAUUGAAUGAAUUCUGAUCAUCUUUAAGGGCGUAUACCAUAUUUCUGCGGAUUGCUGUUACAUAUGAAUGUUAAUAUGCAGUCUUGAUGGUGUGGUUCAGUCCACACUUACUGCAUAUUAAAUGAUUAUUUUAUUAAUACCAUAAUCUAAAAACAGACCUGUUACACUUUCUCAUAUCUCAUUUGAUGGACAAUGUGACCUAAAUGAGCUGGCUUAAUGAACACCUGAGUGCAAAUUUCAGUUCACUACUAUCUUGCUGUUGAAUGACCAUGCCUUUAUGUUUGUUUUUUGUUUGAUUGGUUGUCUUUUUUUUUUUUUUCCUCCUGCCCACAGGUGAACCUCUUCUGUCACAGAAAUCAUUAUCAUUCUUGCCCUGAAUUAUUUUCAGAAAUUAGUUCUGUGGUGCAACUUGCAUACAAGCAUUCCCACUUUUAUUUAUUAAAUGUGUUUAAAUCGUUUUCUUUUUGUGACACUGGUUUAAACGUGUUAGAUGAUUUUUGCUGUUGAUAUUUUUGCACCUUGUCAUAUAUGUGUGGCUUGAUUUCUGCGCGUUUUAGACUAUGCAUGUUUAUAAUUCUGUUUGCUAUUUAGUGGAAUGCUAUUGAAUUAACUACACAGUUUAAAAGUACUGCUAAUGUGGAAGCUGGAGUUUCAGCUUUAACAAAACUAUUUGUUCUAUACAAUUUUAUGUUAUUUUAUUUUUUGUUUAAAAAAAGCCCCAUUUAAAAUGACAUGGAGGAGAAUCUGCAAUAAUGUGUAUAGUUAUCUGAAAUCACUUUUUGAUAUACAGCUUUAUGAUUUUGUUUCCAUUUAUUUCACUGUCAUUACCACAAUAUGAUGACUUGAGGGUGUAGAGUGGAAUGUAAGCAUUUAUGUUUGAACCACUUAAUUUAUUAUCUUUUGUUUGUAAUACCUUAUAAAGUUUUGAAAAGGUGCAAGGAAUAAUAAAAGUUACUUAUAGCUAACCAUAA